UUAUAAAUACCCUCUCUCAGUCUGAGAGCAUAGGAGACCAUCUCCAUCGCCUUGGCUUUGCAUUUCUGCGGUGCUCCUGUUGGGCUUGGCCAGGAAUCAUGAGGCUCUGGCUCUGCAUUGCGUUGCUCUCCCUUGCUCUGUGCGCAAGUGCCGACAGACCAGCAAUAGUCCGAGCUGGACACUUUGUCCGGGAUGCAGCGGGAGGGGCAUGGGAUAUGUACAGAGCAUACCGGGACAUGCGCAGGGCGAAUUACAGAGGUGCCGACAAGUAUUUCCAUGCCCGUGGGAAUUAUGAUGCUGCCCGGAGAGGACCUGGUGGUGCUUGGGCAGCCAGAGUGAUCAGCGAYGCCCGGGAGAACUGGCAGAGCGGCGUGAGCGGCAGAGGCGCCGAGGACACCCGUGCGGACCAGGAGGCGAACCGGUGGGGCCGGAGCGGCGGCGACCCGAACCGCUACCGGCCCGCGGGGCUGCCCCGCAGRUACUAGCGCUGUACUUCGCUCUGGUCACACCUCCCUUUGUACAGCCGAAUACCCAAUAAAGAAAUCYUUCUGAGAAAUGUUCCCUUCGCUGC